GUGACGUAUAAUUUACUGGACGGGACGCUUCUUCAGGAACAACAACACGGCUACUCUUUCAACCACCUCGGUAGCUUGCUAGCCAACAUAAAACAGAAAGAUUGACGCUUUAGACCAUGUUAAUGUAAAUUUGCUAAUCUAAGUGUUUAAAACACAUUUCAGUUGACGUAUCAACUGGUUAACUUGAACUUAAUUUGCUUGUUCAAUUUGCAUACUUGUUAAAUAUUGAUAUUGAGUCUAGCACUAGGCUAGUCGCUAAUGCUAGCUAGCUAGCUAACAUCCCCGAUCAUGAGUUCACUAAACUACUCAUCCACUGUUAAAGAAGAGGAUGCCUGCUGUACGGAGAAAGAAGCUUUGGGACUGAACAUUGUCGUGAAAGAAGAAGAAGAGGAGGAGGAUAUUACAGUGAAAGGAGAGAAAGAACCUUUCAGAAUGAAAAAGGAGGAAGAAGAGGCUGUUAUAGGAAAAGAAGAGAAAGCACCUUUUAGAGAGGAAGAAGAGGCUAUCUCAAUAAAGGUGAAGGAGGAAGACGUUUUGGGAGUGAAAGAGGAGGAGACAGAAUAUCAGAUUAACACCAGAGAGAGACAUGACUAUCCUGGAUCCUCUGGGGAGCCUCAACAACAUCCUGAUGCUGACGAGGCAGAGAAGAGUCUCUCCAGAUCAGAACACCAGAUGGACAACGCUAGCCCUUCCUCCCUCCCGGAGUCCCUGUAUCAUGCCUCUCCCGGUUGCUCCUUACUGCUGGGUAUGAAGAGGUUGUCUGUGCUGCUGGUGGACUGCAGGAAAACAUUGGGGCUGAGUGGAACUGUGAGAGGAGGAGAAGAGAAGAAAGGAUCAGAUUUGACUCAUCAAAGAGAAAGACCAGACUCAGAGGAACCAGAGCCAGUGAAGUCCAAACCAGCAAGACAACACCUCUGCUCCCAGUGUGGAAAGAGUUUUAACCAGAAAGAGCACCUGAAAAAACAUGAGAGAAUACACACAGGGGAGAAGCCUUACCACUGCUCCCAGUGUGGAAAGAGUUUUAGCCAGAAAAGCAACCUGAAAAAACAUGAGAGCAUACACACAGGGGAGAAGCCUUUCCAAUGCUCCCAGUGUGGAAAGAGUUCUGCUCACUUAUGUAAACUGAAAACACACCAGAGAAUACACACAGGGGAGAAGCCUUACCAUUGCUCCCAUUGUGGAAAGAGUUUUGCCCACUUAUGUAACCUGAAAACACAUGAGAGAUUACACACAGGUGAGAAGCCUUACCCUUGCUCCCAGUGUGGAAAGCGUUUUGCCCACUCAUGUAACCUGAAAACACAUGAGAUAUUACACACAGGGGAGAAGCCUUACCCCUGCUCCCAGUGUGGAAAGAGUUUUGCCCACUUAUGUAAACUGAAAACACAUCAGAGAAUACACACAGGCGAGAAGCCUUACCACUGCUCCCAGUGUGGAAGGAGUUUUACCCACUUAUGUAACCUGAAAAGACAUGAAAGAUUACACACAUAGUCUAAACAGUAGAACAUAGGAUAUAUGUAGUCAGAACAGUAGAACAUGGGACAGAUGUAGGCUGAACAGAAGGACCUAGGACAGAUGUAGGAUUUGUUUGACAAUAUAUAUUAUAUCAUACCAUACAUGCUCUCAUUUUGAGAGAGAAAAGUCCUUGGUCCUAGGGGGAAGAUCAGCUUUAAUAUUGAACGUACAUUGUAGCUUCCAUCAAUGUAAUUGUCUGCAUCAUUUCCAAUCCCCCAUAUAUGUUUUAGUGUAUAUAUAUAUAAUAUGUGUGUGUAUAUGUAUGUAAAUACUGAACAAAAAUAUAAACACAAAAUGCAACAAAGUCAAAGAUUUGACUGAGUCACAGUUCAUAUAAGCAAAAAAGUCAAUGUAAAUAAAUUCAUUGGACCCUAAUCUAUGGAUUUCACAUGACUGGGAAUACAGAUAUGCAUAUGUUGGUCAAUGACACCAUGAAAAGGUAGGGGCAUGAUCAGAAAACCAAUCAGUAUCUGAUGUGACAACAAUUUGCCUAUAGUUGAUUGUGGCCUGUGGAAUGUUGUCCCACCCCUGGGUAAAAUUAUCUGUGAUAGUCAUUAGUAAAGGGCACAUCGUUAAAGACCAGAAUUAUAUAUUUUUUUGUGUUCUAUAUCCUGUCAAUCAUUUAUUCCUUCAUAAACAGAAAACAUGUGUACCUAAACACAAUACCUAAACACGUGUGCAAGGGCCCAUCUAGGUUCACAACCUCUUGACCAUUGUGGUGGAAUUAUUGUGAUCAAAAGGAGAGACCUUUACAUUUCUUCAUAACAAGUAAA